UCCAAUUUUCAGAUGCUUCACCACAAAACCCUCAUCAUUGCUCUUCUCCUGACACUUUUCAUUUCGGGAAUCGACAGUCUUCCAUUCCGAAAGCAUAACAAUCACCGUCACCUCAAAAAUCAAAAGGCCCAACAAUUGAAAGAAGAAGCCACUGAAGCUCCAACUCCAGCCCCGACUACAACCAAAGCUCCAUCUGGAUCUGCUACUACAACCACCACCGUGAAAACGACUGCAGCUCCAUUGGCUCAAGUCAAUCCACAAUGCUUGAGACGGCUCACUUUGCUCGCGAGAGGAGUCUGUAGACAGCCGUGCCAACCAUCAGAUAAACCAAAAACAUCAGCUCAACAAUUGCUCCAACUUGCUUGCUCCGCCCGUCGUCCAACCAAUGAGCAAAUUAUUAGCUACUGCUGCCCAGAGAAAAGCGGUUAAUUUUUAAUUUUAAUUUAUUUUAUUUUUCCCUAUUUAAUUUCUUUUUUUCACAAAUAAAAAUAAACUUUGGAAAAUUUA